AUGCAACCCACUAUCAUCUCCACGUUGUUCACAAACGAGCUGCGGCCAGAUUGUGAGGCCGCAGCAACCAUCAGCCAGGUGCAACACCUAGCAUCCUAUAAUUGGAUUGAAUCCGAUCACCCUACGAUUGCUAUCCCCGGCAGUCCUAAUCUGUGGAGGCUGCUGUACAUCGCGCAGAAUGCAGCGCGUCACCCGGCCAGCCCGAUGGAGCCUCUAUUCCGCAGCUUAUACUUCACUCGUCCCGCCUUCGACAUCGGUGCAGUCGACAUUGUGACGGACCGCAACAACAUCCGGAAGCUGUUGACAUUUAUUAAUCCGAGACACAACAGGAGCCGCCUGGAGGAUUUCACCAUUCAAAUAGAACGACAGGGGAGGACCAUGCUUCUCUGUCGCCAAGAGAUAUGGACCCGGGAUUUCAUACCUCGCCAGCAAUUUCGUGGGUUUGGCCAUGAGUUUGAGAACGCAGCUACUAGCCGUCGAAUCCCAGACAGUACGGGUCACUACCGAAUCGUGUCCUAUGACUUUGCGGGACUGUCGUGUUUGGUGCGGUAUGAGACGGACGGAUAUGCCUUACCGGAUGACGGCGGGGAUUCAGCGAUGGGGCGGAGCAGCCCGAGUAUCUUAGAUCCCCCGAGGGCGAUUUCUGCAUAUUCGGCGUUGAGGAUCUGCGAAGGAGGCCAAACCGUUCCAACGCAGUCCAUACUGGAGAUCAAGACCAAGGCCAGGCGAGAGCCUGUGGAUCUGCAGCAGGUCCUACCUCAAAUGUGGGUGUCGCAGACGUCUCAACUGGCUUGUGCCUACUACGAACAAGACGGCUGGUUUAUACCGUGUUGGCCGGAAGAUGUAGAAUCUGAGAUCCGAGAAUGGGAGGAGAAUCAUCAGACCGACCUCCAGCGGCUGGCAGCCUUGCUGAGAUGGAUAUUUGCGUCUGUUCCCACGAGUGGUCAGAAGGCCACGCUGCAAUAUUAUUCGCAGCGCAAGAAGCUAGUGAUCUCCCACGCCGAGCGUGCUGCUAUGCUUCCCCCGGAUCUCUACAACAGGUGGUAA